AUGGAUCUACAUGAGGCUGACAACAGCACUUUCACGGUGUCACAUCUGUAUCAAGAGGUUAUGAGCCCUUUUGCAUUGUCUGACGUCGCCAUCCCCAUUAAGCUAUCAGGGGUUGACAAAUUCCACAGUUGGCUACGACUUUUGAAACAGCACGUUGAUGUUAACAAUCCAAUUUGGAGAGAAUAUGUCGAAACCGGUAAUGUUCAUUCAGUUACCCAAGAAUUCAAUUUGUCCACUGAUGUGGUCGAUAGGAUCAUUUCAAUCUUGGAUUCUGCCUUGAGAAGGUUAAUCUUUCUGAGUAUCAAUACCGAAAUUAGAAAGAAGGCCAUUGGGUUUCUUGAACUUCAAUUUAGGACUCACGAUUCAUUACACCUUUUGGCUUAUUUGAAAAACCUUUACUGCACGGAACACAUUAACGACCUUCUACCACUUUAUUAUGAAAUUAAUACUUUUUCCUCAAAGUCCAUCGAAGACAGAAUUAUUUGGACUAAAGAAUUUGCCAGAUCUAUGUUCGAUUUAGAUCAGUUGGAUGUCGAAUUUCCUGAUCCUAACAUUAGAACUGCUGUUACUGAAUACUAUAGUAAUGUUGAAGUAUGGUUAGCAUUAGAAGCCAAACCAGCAAACCAGCAUCUAAUUAGAAUAAUUAGAUGCUAUCCUUAA